GGACGCUCGGCGCACAACAUCACCUCUUGCUGACAACGCCCACCACUGCCAACACAGACCGACACAGCCAGACACUACCCCCAGUCACUCAUGGCCCCCGCAGAGAAAGACAAGACCGCCAAUGGCGAGCCCAAGCCGCGACGCCGCCCCGGUCGUGUCCCCGUCUCGUGUGCCGAGUGCCGCCGCUUGAAGCUGAGGUGUGACCGGAAGGUUCCGUGCGAGACGUGCGUGAAAAGGGGAUGCUCUGCAAUAUGUCCAGAAGGCUCGUUGACAACAGGAAAGGGCAACCGCCUGGCGCUGGCGGACGCGGAAGAGCUGCACAAGAAAAUCGAGCGCCUGCGGGACCGCUGCGGGAAACUGGAGUAUGCACUCCGGACACUGCAAGCUGCCGUCUCGGAUGAGCCACAUCCCCUGCUCCGGGAGGAGUCCAGCAUGGACGUCCCCCCGUCGGUGGGAUCGAGUGGCUCGUCCCCUGGAGGGCCCCUGCUUACUCAGGAGGACGAAGAGAUCCUCGACGCGUUUGGAACGCUCACCUUGGGUAUACGAGGAGAAGCGAGAUUCUUCGGUCAAACAUCACGGUCGGAGUAUCUCAUUCACGCACCGACACGGACCACCCCACCGGCCGACUCCUUCCCCCGCCUCUCAGCCUUGCUCGUCGCCGAGGCACAACUUGAGCUCGACACGCCAUGCCGCAAUACCGAGAUACGGCACGAGAUCUACGCGUUGAUGCCCUCGCUCUCACAGGCAUGCCGGCUCUGCGAGAUUUUCAUGGAGUACGGGCAGUACAUAUGGUUUCCGAUGCCUCGAGCAGAGCUGUUCGAUGACAUCCUGGGGAGUGUGUACAAGACUCAACCCGAUUCCGCGUGUAACAUUGCGUCCACACACGCGUUCUCGGUCCUCUACAUGGUCUUCGCCCUUGCUACGCUCUUCGACCCGAACGUCGCGCCCUACUCCGUCGAGGCGCACGAGUACUACGUUCUCUCGCGCAUUUGUCUCCGGUGCGCGCCGCCCAUUCACGAUACAACCCUCCACGCGAUCCAGAGCCUGUUAUACCAGGCACAGUAUCUGGAGAUGAGCGACUGCGAGCCGGCGCAUACAGGCUCGCACAAGGCGUGGCUGACGAUCGGACUUGCUAUGAAGCUGGGACACGGUAUCGGUUUGCACGUCAACAGCACCAGGUGGAAACUCGACUAUGAUGCUGGCCAGAGAAGAGCACGGGUGUUCUGGCAGCUGUUCUUCCAGGAUACUUGGCAAAGCUUUGGUUUUGGGCGGCCGCCCAGCAUGUGUCUCUCGUUCGUCGACUGUCCCUUUGCUAAAGACCCAGAGGAGCGGAUAAACGCGCAAGGCCAGAAGGAGGGCGGAUACCACGCGUGGACGUGGCAGUAUACGAAGCUUCUGAGCAAGAUCAUCUUCUCCGUGUUUGGCGCGAAGACCCCGCAGUACUCGGCCAUCCUCGAGUACGACCGUAUGGUCCGCGACUUUCCCGUGCCCGUCAACCUGCGCCCGAAUUGUGGCCAGAACUGCGGAGAGCCCAUUGACCUCCCUGUACCACAGUUCAUGCAGCGCUUCUGGACCUUGACGCAGAAAGAGGCUACGUUGUUGAGUUUGCACAGACCGUGGUUUGCGCAGGCUCUGCACGAGCAGCCGGGAGACCUCCUUCGACACCGUUAUGGUCCCUCGGUUAUGGCCAUCUACCGGUCUGCAUGGCGAAUCAUCGAAAGUGCCAGGGAGGCGCACAAGCGUGCUGGAGUCGUUGCUUCGAGAAUCGGCGCUGUGUGGUCCCAGUGUCUUGCUGCCGGGAUCGUGAUGUGCCUGUUAGUCACGCGCGCCCCGACAUCGGCGCUGGCGGCGUCUUCGCUGCAGGAACUCGAUGUCCUCCUCGAAGUAUUUGAGCAGGCUGCCGUCACGAGCCAGAUCGCUUCCAACAAUCUCGAGGUCGUCCGGAAGCUCCGCGGGCAGGGAUAUGAGGUGCUGCACAAGCCCCGUACGCCCGGAGAAUCCACUGCGAACGCGAUCAUCGACAGGGAACUCGAUCGCCUCGGCGGCAAGACGCAUCUUAUCUCGUCCAUGCACGAGCCUCCACUGGCGUGUACCCCCGCAAAGCGGAGCAACGAAUCCGGCUCCAAUUCUUCCUCGUCGCCCGCGAGCGGCAGCUCAGGCGCAGUCUCCUCGGACAUGAUCCAUCCGACGAUCAUGCAGGACCUGCGCGUCUUCGAGGGCAUCGACGUCGCGAGCCUGAGCACCAGCGGCGCAUCGUCGGCGCUGGACGUGGGCCAGUAUAACUUUGCGGACGUGUUCAAUGGCAUGCAGCCGCAGCAGGGCCAGGCUAUGCCGCUGCACCAGCAGCAGCAGAUACACCCGCAACAGAUGCAGCAACCACCCGUACCUGGUCCGGAUAUCUUUGACGAGCUGUUUGGCGCACAGGCGUUCCCGCCGGAGCCAGAGCCUCCUGUGGGCCCGCCUGUGCUGGACGCCACUUGGCAGUCGUUUAUCGAGCAGUUGGGCUUUUGAAGCAUAGAUUCGUGUACAUUAGUAGUCGCAUGUAUUGUAACGGAUCCGUACUAAUACAGGGUGAUACUCUCCUA